UGAUAAAUUUUGUAACAAAAUACAAUUUCUGUUAUGUCCCAAUCGAUAGUUUUGACGAACUUGGUCAGUAUAGGCAAGUGACUUGAAUUUUUGUCUGGUAGACAAAAAUUGAAUUAAAGUCCGUUCGUAUUCAUAUGACCUUUUGUGAACUCAUUCGACAGCCUCAAUAACGCAUGCGUAGAUUGCUUUAUAUAGCAGAAGACAUGGCCGACACGGGUAUGUCAACUCGCGGACGAAAACGUGUUCUCACAGAUUCAGUCAGAAAACGAAAUCGGCAAAACAUUCAGGCGUCUUAUAAUAAGGCGCGAGUAAAUAUCGGCGUCCAGUUUGAACGUUGGAAGGGGUUGAAAGACACUCUGAAGCUCGAGAGCCAUGCAGAUGUCGCGAAAGUUUUACUGGACAAGUAUGAACUGUAUAGAAAAGACUGCUUCGGUUCUCCCAAAGGAUCUACAGUCGAGCCCAUGAGUCCAGCGGGUGCACCUAUUACCUCUACCCCAGGACCAUCGUCUUUUCCAUACAAGUGUGAUGUGUCAAGAAUUACUUCUUCAGAGGCGGAAAUAACUGAUAAGUCAGAUGUAUACAUGUCUGGAAUAGAAGAAAUGAAAAAAAGCUGUCGAUGUCCCAUUGUGAAGGAGUCAAACAGUUUCAUAAACCCUUUUGAUUUGACCAUUGAUGUGACUGAGGUGGAAAUGACAGAUGAUGAUGUAGAGGAUGAUGAUUAUGAACCAAGUUUUAACAUCACUCUAAGAGAAGGACUUGACACCACUGCUGCUACUGAUGAUGAUGAAGAUGACGAAUGCAUAAGUGAUGAGGAAAUCGAGACUACAGAAGUUGAUUUUAGUCAAAGUCCUGGUUGUCAAUGCAUCAAAACCAAUGAAGAGAUACAAGGCUUUAUGAAUGAUCAACCUUUCUUGAUAUAUUACAACCAGCUGCUGAAUUUAGCUACAGCAAACAUACAGAAAACUUGUUCGCAUAAAGGCUGUGGACUAGGAGUAGAAAUAAAGAAAGAAGUUGUUGCAUCAGCCCUUUACCUGAAAUGGAUUUGUCCAGAUGGUCACACGCUUUAUAGAUGGUGCUCCCAGCCAAUCUUGAAUAGAGGUGUACACAUUGGUGACUUGAUGCUGACUGCAAGCACUGUCCUCUCAGGAAGUAAUUUCCAAAAGAUAUCGAUGUUUGCUAAAUUUUUACAUCUUCCUAUUCAUAGCAAAAGCACCUUCUAUAAAAUGCAGCGCCAGUAUGUUGUCCCAUCUGUCGAUGAACACUGGAUAAACCACCAAAAUGCAGUACUGGAGGAGUUCAGAGGAGUUGAUUUGGUUGUUCUUGGUAAAUACAAAUAUUGCUUCUAUGCAUUUGUAAACUAUCAGUAUUUCUGUCCUGACAAGAUUGAGAUUGGACAAAUAUUGGAUAGUGAAGAUGCAACAGUCCAACAAUUUUUGUGUUGGAUUGUUAGCUGGUUGAUUGCAACAGUUGUUUUAUUGGACUUUUGUUGGUUAGAACUAAAUAUAAUACCUGUAAGGGUAUAA